UUUACUGGCUCGGGUGCAAAGUUUCAGCCCGUCUGCAAACUGGAGCUGGGGCGAACGUUUGGAACAUAAUGUCGGCUAAAUUCUCGGAUUAAUUGUCUUCUAUUCUAAGUGCCGCUACAAUUACGGGUUAACCGUAGUGUGUUUUUAAUGUGGGGGGGAUUCGUAUCAUUUCUCGCGGAGUUAUUUGGCGCGCGUUGUUAGCCCGGAAUUCAUUCAAGCUAGCUAGCUUGGGCAGGCAUUUUUUUCGUCCCUUCACUAUUACCGGGAGCAAAAUGGCUUGUGAGCCGAAUAGAGUCCGGUUGCUAUGCAUGCUCUCGCUGACUUUUGUUUUCUUCAUCGUGGAGGUUGUGGUCAGUCGGAUUACUGCAUCUCUCUCGAUGUUGUCGGACUCGUUUCACAUGCUGUCGGACGUCAUCGCCUUGAUUGUGGCUCUGGUCGCGGUGCGGUUCUCUGAGAAGACCCAAGCGACCGACAAGAAUACGUUCGGCUGGAUCCGGGCCGAGGUGAUGGGGGCGCUGGUCAACGCCGUCUUCCUCACGGCGCUUUGCUGCACCAUCGUGCUGGAAGCGAUUGAGCGCUACACUGUGCCCCACGAGAUCGAGCGACCGCAGGUGCUUGCUGGCGUUGGAUUCUUGGGACUGCUAGUCAACCUACUCGGGCUGUGCUUAUUCCACGGCCACGCUGGCGGGGGACACGGACACUCUCACGGGGGGAGGAGGGGAAAAAGCCCCAGGUCUCACCGGGCCGGCAACGGAACUUCAGCGGAGACCAACAAUUUGGUGGGCAACCACAGCGGCUGCGGGGAUGCUUCUCAAACUGCUGACAUCAGCCCCAAAGGAAGCUCAGAAGUUCAGAUUAACGGCGGCACCCAGUUUGAGGAUUUAGAACACGAGCACCAAUCAUCUGCGCAGCUCAACAUGCGCGGUGUCUUCAUCCACGUGCUGGGGGACGCCCUGGGCUCAGUUAUCGUCGUCAUCAACGCUCUCAUCUUCAUCUUUGUCUGGAAGCCCUGCGAAGACCAGGAGUGCAUCAACCCCUGUAUCAAAGGCCACGCCUCGGACCACUAUCACAGAAACCACACGGUGCUAGAUAUGGAGGGCCCAACGAUGGCCAGCAUCAAGAUGGCAGGCCCCUGCUGGGCACUCUAUUUGGACCCGACACUUUGCCUCAUCAUGGUGUGCAUCAUGCUGUACACCACAUACCCGCUGCUCAAGGAGUCGGCGCUCAUCCUGUUGCAGAGAGUCCCCAAGCAGAUCAACAUCCAUCGCCUAAAUGAGCGUCUGCUGAACCUCGACGGUGUCCUGGCCAUCCACGAGCUGCACGUGUGGCAACUGGCGGGCAGCCGCAUCAUUGCCACUGCGCACAUCAAGUGUCACGACCCCACGUCCUACAUGGAGGUGGCCAAGCGCAUCAAGGACUUUUUCCACAACGAGGGCAUCCACGCCACCACCAUCCAGCCCGAAUUUGUCACGUUCAGCUCCGAGUCCCAGGACAGCCUUUGUGAGCUCUCCUGCCGAACUCAGUGCGCUCCAAAGCAGUGCUGCGGCUCCAGCGACAAGCCUCCGACCGACAGGAAAACGGGCAGUGAGCCCAGGUCCAUCGACGAGAGCCCGGAGGUCGUUGCCUUGCCUCAGGUUCAACCCCAGGUGAUUGUCACCUCGGAGGUGGAGUCGUCUCUGUGAGAAAAAUGAGAAGUGCUGUCAGUCAAUAUUAGGAAAAAUGGCUCCGGCGUUGCUACCUAGUAAGCAGUUGUUCAAUCUCAGUCGUUCUCAGUGAAAAGUGACUCAUUGUUUAUUUUUUGAAUGCCGGAUUUGUCAUAUUUCGUUUUAUCUCAGAUCAACAAAAUGACUUUGUUAAACAGGUCACAGGUCUGUGUGUGAUUUUAAUAUUAAUCGGUCAUGUUCAGAUGACGGUAAAGCGUUGUCACAAGCUUCCGUAACAAUAAUCAGUCAGAAUCAAGGCCACCAUCUAUCGAAUGGUAUAUCAACCAAAUAACAGAUUUACAUUACACUUUGUUUACAGCACUGUUUGCCGUUUUUAAGCCAAGGCACCAUAGAAAAAUAUAUUUUAUCACCUGAUGGUCUCACGUCACACUGCUUAGUAAACAUUGCUUGAGAGCAGUCUAAUAUUUAUAGUCAUCCACAUUUAAAUUAGUGUCACCUCAUCAUAUUAAUGUAUCGAAUCACCCGAUGUCCGUAACCAAAAUUCCAAGCCAUGUAUAAACACAGCCAACAAUGUAAAAAAAAUACUAUUUAUUUGCUUUGCUUUGGAUAUAAAUCAAAUUACAAAAUAAUGGGUCACUUUUUGGUUGCCAAUUAAAAAUGGAAAGAAUGAACAGUACGUGACUUUGUAACCAUUUUCCCUGGUGUUCCUCAGCCAAAGCUUCUGUUGAGAACGUCAAAAAUGCCCCCCCCUCACGAUACCCUCACUUCAGCCUGUGGACCUUUUUGUGUUUAUCCUCUCCCUAUCUCCUACCCCUAAAAAUUGAGUAUUGUAUUGCUUAAUUAAAUAUUUAAGUUAUUAGAAAGAAUCUAUUUCUCUCUGUAGAUGCUGCUUCUCUUUUCACUAUAGCCCACCAUCUAUGCGGGUAGUUAGAUUUUUGGGCUUUUUGGAUAAGACGCUGGAUAAACAACGUCUCUUAGCCUGCCUUGCGCUCACUGGCAAUAGCACCGUGUGUAAUUAAUGUAAACUGUGCAAUGACGGGGCCCACAUUCAUUUAAGAUUUAAUUCAUUACGUUUCUGAGAAACACUCCCUGCAAUGUUGUUAGUUGGCUCCAGAUGACUGCCAACCGUUUUGGGGGCAUUCUUUGUCAAACAAGACCUGGUGCUCCAUUUCAACAAUUCCAAGGUGCUUUGUGCCAGAACUCUUCCGAGCAUACAAACCACUGUCAGUCACACGAUGUACAGUUUGUCUGUCCACUGUUUUGGACAGACGAGCACUGAAGUCCUUAUAGUGGCCUUGAAAUUGUCUUUCCAUGCGUUCUCUUUUGUUGUCACUUAAAAAGAGUGCAGUUAUGAAUUCCACUCCUGAUUGAUGUUUAUGCAAUGUUAGCAAAUGUGCUGGGAAAUGUAUUUUGACGUGUUCCUUCAUUUUUAUAAUGUUUAGUCACUUCUACACUGUGUCUUUGGGCACGUUUAUGUGGCUUUAUGUGGAAAAAUAAAGGUGUUUAUUAUUUUAGGUAUGACAAGUCAGCUGAUGUUUUUUCUGUUUUAUCUACAGUUGCUGUCAUUGUCAUCAUGAGAUAUAUAAAUAUAUAUAUGGCUGUUUGGUACAGUUGAUGACCUCAAA